UGUGGGGACCCAGCUCUUGUAGUAACCAGUUGAUUGGGAAAAGACUAAAGUAGCAGACACCCCAUUCAGCCAGGAGGCUGUGGACUUGGGGUCCGGAUGAAGAUGAAUCUCCUUCUCCCUUCCAGGUGUCAGAUGGGUGUAGGAGGGGCUUCACAUUUAUCAAGCACUAAACCCAUUAACAAGAGGGGGAGCAAGUUCUGGUACCAAAAUCUUGGAUUCAACAGUUAAUGAAAAAUUCAUGCAAGAGUACAGAUAAAGAAGAAAAAUCUAACGAUUAGAGAAAUGGCAGGAUUCCUAGACAACUUCCGAUGGCCAGAGUGUGAGUGUAUUGACUGGAGUGAAAGAAGAAAUGCAGUUGCUUCAGUAGUUGCAGGUGUACUGUUUUUCACAGGCUGGUGGAUAAUGAUAGAUGCUGCAGUAGUUUAUCCUAAACCAGAACAAAUGAACCAUGCAUUCCACACCUGUGGAGUGUUUUCCACAUUAGCUUUUUUCAUGAUAAAUGCUGUAUCAAAUGCACAGGUGAGAGGAGAUAGCUACAGUGAUGGAUGUCUAGGAAGAACAGGUGCUCGCAUCUGGCUCUUUAUUGGUUUCAUGUUGAUGUUCGGUUCACUUAUUGCUUCAAUGUGGAUCCUUUUUGGAGCAUAUGUUACACAAAUACUCUCAUCUACAAAUUUGGAAGAACAGAAGAGUUAUGGGGAUAAUAUAAUUAAAGUUAGCAUUAAUUCCAUGCCCUUUAUAGUGUAUCCAGUAUCUAGACAUCUUUGUUUUGUUUGUUUUUACAUUUUGCCAAAUAUUCAGAUGUUGCAUUAAUUCUUUGUUAAUGUUCCUUUGCUUUCUCUAAAUUGAAUGAACUAUGAGAUUUUCAAAAAUGGUUUGACAGUUUUCUGUAAUUAGUUCCCUUUUUUCAUAGGACAGAUUUGUGAAUAUGUACAAUAUAGGGCUGUGUAUGUAUAUAUCUUAAAGCAAAUGUUAAAUUUUUUAUUUCUGAAGUCUUUAUUUCUGCUCUCAUACAUGAACUUGCAACACCAUGUAGGAUCUGAUCCUGCAAACCCUCACACGUGAGACAAACUUCAGUUGAAGUUUGCAGGAUCAAGCCCACACUGUAUCAGAUCAACUAUUACUUUUAUGCACCGGUGAGCUGUAGCUGAUUUUACAAGCUAUGCAGCAAUGCCUAGCUGGAUACCUCAAAGCAGAAGUGAGUCCUUCAAAGUGUCUCAGCUAAACUUCUGGAUAGCUAAGAGGAAAAAAUCUUGAUUAGAUCCUGGGCUGAGAGUGAGAUUUUAAGAAGAAUUUUAUAUAAGGGUUUGAAAAAGUCAAAUACAGAAUAGCUUUUGAACUAUUUUUAAAAGGUGAAGACUUUUUAACAAGGUCCCAUAAUAAAGGGACAAUGUGAGUGACCAGUUUUAUUUUCAAUCCUGUCAUUAUUAUAGCACAAACACAAUUUAAUGACAUGAUUCUUGUAAAAUUAAACACUCGUCUGGUGUUCAGUAACUUACUACCAUUAGCUAUAUUUACCAUUACAUUCAAGAAAAACCUAAAUUCAUCUGAAUCUGAUAUAUUUGAGCAUGACAAAUAUAUGAAAGACAUUAACUUUUUAAAGUUACAUUAAUGCAGCUUUUCUUCAGGGAUCAUUUUGCUGAUGAAAUAUAUGUGGCAGGAUGACUUGUCCUCAUUUUAAUGAUUUUUUUCAUGUAUAUUUCUUAGCUCUAAUGAGUACACACUUAGGAAAGAAUUAAGUUGAAAUGUUCCAUUAUUACUGGAGUCCAGUGUGUUCUAACUGGAGAAGAUAAAAAGGGAGAAUUUGAUGUUUUUAUAUCUAUAUUGGAUGACCUUGUACGUGUUCUACAGUUUUGGUUACAUGUUUGACAUCCUUCUCUUAUCAUCAGUUUUACCUACCUCUAAAGCAUUUAGCAUAAAGUGAAGUGAGAUUACUUUGUCUCACUCCCAGCUUUUAUCAUAUACCAUAAGCUUGCUGCACAAAUAGUAUUAACAUAACUUUGACAGCAUGAAAAAUAUUCCCCACGUAUGGCAACUAAUUUUCCUGCUAAUUUGAUUUCUUCCCAUCCCACUCCUUUCUGGGGGUCUUUCUAGUGAGCAUAAUAUGAAGCAAAUGCCAUAGCUGAGUUGUGCCAUUGCCUUGAUUGUUACUUCCAACCUGAUUUGUCUACCAAACUGUGCAAGUUCAUUCUGAAUUGGUUACAUUUGAUGAUGUUAAACUGUGUGAAUUGUACAUAGCUUAUAUUUGCUUAAUUAUAACUUCACUGAAAUACAAUAAAGGCUUCUGAGACUAA